AUGUCUAUCACUGAGACCUUCUUCCCCGCCCUCAUGCAAGCUUGCAGCGAGGAUCCCAACGGCAUUCAGGACCUCAAACUGAAGUGUGGAAUCUGUCAUGAGAACAUGACAGUUGAAGAAGAGGAUAGUAUCGACAAUUCCGAUGAUGAAGCUAGUAUUAAUCGUCGUGCGUUUAUCGUUCCUUGCAUGCACAUCUUUUGCAACGAAUGCGCUGUCGUCUUUGUGAAGACUAAUGUUCUCCAUGGCGACACUAAGGGAAGGCAUCUCCCAGUGCAAGAAGCAGAGUGA